GCAAAACUGUCAAGCAUUCGACCGCAGUGCACCGCGACGAACGCGACUUGUUAACGACGACAGCUCAGCUGAUCGAACAUAUAUUUCAUUUAAUUAAUCAAUAUUAGCAGUUACGUGUAAAUAAUACAUAGUGCGAAAACUCUCAAAACUCAUCAUCAUCGUUCAACCCUACUAACAAGGUCACACGACGAAAGACAAACGAAAGCAUAGAAUCGUUGCGCAGCUGUGAAGCACCGAUGGGUGUCCGUCAGAACAAAUGGAACCCCACCACACGGCGGGGACCUAUCGCUGCCGAGAGCGCCAGCCCGGGACCCGCUGUGGUCUCCUUGCCGUCACUCAUUGGUAAACCACCCCAAGAAUCGAAGAGAGCGCGUGCCCCUGCAUUUUCAUUUGGAAAGAAAUUAGAUCCCGCUGCCAAAGACAGAGCUGGCCCCGGGCCAGCUUCGUAUAACACAGAAGGGAUGACUUCAAAAGCGCCGAAUGUUUAUUCCAUGCCGCCGGUGCUAGGCGACGCGAAAGAAGGGAACAAGCGCGCGGCACCAGCUUUCAGUAUAACGGGUCGGGGCAAAAGGACUGAAACUAAAUCACCAAUACCUGGCCCAGGCUCCUAUACCUUGGAGAGAGCCACAGUCGCCCUGGCGCGGAGAUCUCCCGCCUUCACCAUGGCACCGAGACGAGACCAGAAAUCUGCCACCGCUGCUGUCCCUGGACCGGGAGUAUAUUGUCCUGAAAAAGCUGAUACUAUUCUACAUGAAAAGUCUCCAAAAUUCAGCCUUUCCAGUAAGAUAAGAAUUGAAAAAAUCGAACAAGUACCUGCACCCAAUGCUUACAGCCCUGAAAAAGCUGAUAGAUUAUUGAGAGAGAAGUCACCAGCUUAUACUUUCCGAACUAAAACCGAGGUAGUAAAAGUACAUGAUGCACCGGCACCAAACAUUUACUCACCGGAAAAGUCCAUUAACGCUUUAAAAAAUGGUCCUAAAUAUACCUUAGCCGGUAAGGGUGUAGCCGAAAAGCUAGAAAUUACACCAGCGCCGAACUCCUACAAUCCUCAAAAAGCUGAUAAACUGUUACAUGGUAGUUCACCGUCUUAUACAUUGAGAUCAAAAGAAGUUGUUGAAAAAAUAGAACAAACGCCAGCUCCAAACUGUUAUACUCCAGAGAGGGCGUUAAAUGCCUUAAAGGAUGGACCCAAGUAUUCAAUAUCUGGAAAAGGGUCGCCAGCAAAAAUUGCAGAAACACCUGCACCUAAUUGUUAUAUUCCAGAGAAAGCUGAUAAAAUCCUUCACGAAAGCACUCCUGCAUACUCUUUUAGAAUAAAAGAACAACAAGUUAUUAGAAGUGAAUCACCAGCACCGAAUAUUUAUUCUCCUGAAAAAUCUAUGUAUAUGUUGAAUGGGACACCGAAAUUUACAAUAUCAGGAAAAACUCACACCGAAAAGAUCGAAGUAACUCCAGCACCCAACGCGUAUUGUCCCGAUAGGGCAGACAAACUAUUACAUGAUUCAUCGCCGGCAUAUACAUUUAGAGUGAAAGAUCAAAUUCAUAAAGUCGAUGAAACUCCUGCGCCUAACGAGUAUGCUCCCGAAAAAUCUAUGCAUAUGUUAGAUGGUGCUCCAAAAUUUACAAUUGCUGGUAAAGGCGCAUCACCAAAGUUUGACAAUGUCCCUGCCCCGAAUGCUUAUGAUCCAGAUAAGGCAGAUAAAUUAUUGCACGAAUCUUCACCAGCUUAUUCAUUCAGGCAAAAAAACUGUAUUGAUAAGCCCAGUGAUACACCUGCACCAAAUAAUUACGACCCGAAGCUUUUAGAUGGAACUCCAAAGUACAGUUUAUAUGGAAAGGGUCUAGAUACAAAACCAUCUGACACACCAGGACCAAAUGUAUAUGAUCCACAUUUGUCAGAAGGGACGCCUAAGUAUACAAUGUUAGGACGCCCUAUUAAUGAUAAAAUUUCUGACGUACCAGCUCCUAAUGCCUACGAUCCCCACUUAUUGGAUAACUCACUUAAAUAUUCCUUAUAUGGAAAGGGGCGUGGUUCGAAACCAUCUGACACACCGGGACCAAAUGCUUAUGAACCACACCUAUCAGAGGAUUCUCUUAAAUAUACAAUGUUAGGCAGGCCGAACGAUGGAAAGAAUUCUGAUGUGCCUGCUCCUAAUGCUUACGAUCCCCACUUAUUGGAUAACUCACUUAAAUAUUCUUUAUAUGGAAAAGGGCGUGAUUCGAAACCAUCUGACACACCGGGACCAAAUGCUUAUGAACCACACCUAUCAGAGGAUUCUCUUAAAUAUACAAUGUUAGGCAGGCCGCAUGAUGGAAAGAAUUCUGAUGUGCCUGCUCCUAAUGCUUAUCAUCCACAUUUAUUAGACAAUUCGCAUAAGUUUUCUUUAACUGGCAAGGGUCGUGAUUCUAAGCCGUCUGAUACACCGGGACCAAAUUGUUAUGAUCCACAUUUGUUUGCAAAUUCACCUAGAUAUACUAUAUCUUGCAAGGGACCAGAUGAAAAAAUUCCGGAUGGACCUGCUCCUAAUGCAUACAAUCCAAAUAUUCCUGAUGGAGCACCUAAAUAUAGUUUGUAUGGAAAAGGAACUACACCAAAACCAUUUAAUACACCCGGUCCAAAUUCAUAUGACCCUAACAUACCACAUGAUAGCCCUAAAUAUACCAUUUCCGGUAAGGGAGCAGAUAGUAAAAUUCCUCAAGUACCAGCACCAAAUGCAUAUGACCCACAGCUCAUCGAUGGAGCACCUAAAUUUACUAUAUCUGGAAAAGGGCAACCACAAAAACUAAUAAACAAUCCUGCACCUAAUGCUUACUGCCCAGAAAAGGCUGAUAAAGCAUUACAUGAAAACUCACCAUCAUAUACAUUCCGCCCAAAAAUUGAUGAUGAAAAACAUAACAACAACCCUGCUCCUAAUUAUUACAAUCCAGAUAAGGCUAAUAAAAUCUUACAUAACACGCCUGCAUAUACAAUGUCACCGAAAGGCAAAGAUGUAAAAUAUAGUGAUACUCCGGCACCUAACGUAUAUAAUAAAGAGAGGGCUGAUAAAAUUUUAUUGGAUAAUGCUCCAAGAUAUUCAUUUAGAAUGAAAACAAAUCCCUUCAAACCAGAUAAUAUUCCAGCGCCUAAUUCUUAUGAUCCCGAAAAGGCAGAUAAAGUGUUACUAAAUACCGCACCUCAAUAUACAUUUAGAAUUAAACCAGAAAUAUCAAAACCAACGGACUCACCUGCCCCUAACACUUAUACAAUACCAUCUGAGAAUAAAACACCUUUAUACACAAUUUCUGGAAAACACAAGGAACUGAUCGAUGAACGUAUUAAAGUUCCCGGACCCGGAGCGUAUAACCCUGAAAAAAGCUAUGGAUUUGUUCUAACAUAUUCGCCACAAUAUACAUUUGGUGUAAAAAUACACACAACCAAAUAUGCAGAGACACCAGCUCCAAAUAGCUAUAGAAUACCAUCUGUAUUGGAUACACCAGUGUACACUAUUUCCGGUCGCCACAAGGUACCAGUGGAUGAGCGUGUGAAGGUUCCAGCUCCUGGCACAUAUUCACCAGAGAAGGUCCAAAUAAAUAGAACACCACAAAUCACUUUCGGAAUUAAACAUUCGCCUUUGUUGGGACAACUGAAGCCCAUUGAGCCAAGGAACAAUGAUCAGAGGGAGGUAACUACGACUACUACAACUAGAACUGUUACUACUACUACCUCCAGGCCACAGCCAGUCGGAACCGAUAUUGACGACCAAUCGUCCAUUGUUACUGGUAACGGAGAUAUAAGCAUAACCGAACUGUCUGACAUCGAUACUCGCUCUCAUGUAACCCAAGUGAGGUCCCAAAACGAAAUGAGAAGUAUAACAACUUCACCUGAGCCACUUCAAGUUCAGGAGAAACUCACAGAAGAGAUCGUCUGGGUACCAGAGCAACAGAAGCGUCGAGGCUCGUACACAAUUGAGAAAUCAGAUGGAAACGGAUUCAUUGAAAGGUAUCAAAAUAGUGAAGUUAUUCCCGUUCAAAACGGUGUCAUUCACGUAUCUGGAAGUGGCGAAAGAGGUGCCAACCAAACCCAAGAGCAUAGCAGCGAGGUUGUGCGAAAAGACGGUUACGUGCAGAAUAUCGAUAAGCAUAUGAACGUAGCUAGCGCUCAUGAAAAGAGUCAGAAGUGCUCUGAGGAAGUGCGCACCGGGACAGAUGUUCAGCAUCUUCCUGAUGGGGGUAUUUCAAAGACCACUACCACUACUACGUUCAAAAAAAUUGGAACCGCAGCUAAAACCGCUAACGCUUCGACAACUGUCACUAGAACUAACACUGUAACGACUUCUCGCGACGUUGGAGCGAAAUAAACUUAUUUAUAGACUAUGUUUAAGACGUGGUAAUAUUAUAUUUAUUUAGUAAUUACGAUUUAAACCAUAAAAUUAAGAGAAAAAACGGCAAAAUAACCUUAGAUGUUUAGAUAUCAUGACUGUGUAAAGCUUCAGCAUGUCACUAUAAUUAUUAUGACUAUAAAACGAUAUUUCUUUUAAAGCUU